AUGUCGAGAGAUGCAUUGGAAUUUCCCCAAUCGGACAGAGGGUUCUUAGAGCCUCAUCUGCCGCCGCAGGCGGGGUCGGCUCCUGCUUCCAAUCUACCUUUCACAACACUCACUUUCGCGACAUCACUUGACUCGUCUUUGGCGUUGUCUCCUGGUGCGCGUACGGUACUGUCAGGGCCUCAAUCGAAGGCAAUGACACACUAUCUGCGCUCUCGUCACGACGGAAUUCUCAUUGGUGUUGGCACCGCAGUUGCCGAUGACCCCGGCUUAAACUGCCGCAUCGCAGGAGUCGGAGGCUAUGGCCAGGAGGGCUUAAGUGGCCAACCCAGACCAGUUGUGAUUGAUCCAACGGGCCGUUGGGAAUUUUCAGAAGACAGUAAACUGUUUCAACUUUGCCGGGAAGGACGUGGCCUAGCACCGUGGGUCAUUACCGCUGUUGAGAACCCCAGCUCCCAGAAGCAGGCUCUGCUUGACAAAUACGGCGGGCGUUUCAUGACCUCAAAGAUGCUCAGAACACAUACUGGGGGACACCAAGUUGAUUGGCGAACUUUGUUUGAAACCCUGAAGUCAAAUGGCCUCGAGAGCGUCAUGGUAGAGGGUGGCGGUCAAAUUAUCAACUCCCUUCUGAGUCCACAGUACAUGCCAUUGCUUGAUAGUGUGAUAGUCACAAUCGCUCCGACGUGGCUUGGUCAAGGCGGUGUUGUUGUCUCUCCGGCGCGACGUUUCGAUGAGGGGAGGCAAUGCGAUGUCUGCUGCAAGGUUAAAAAACGUGAAAUGUUGUCUCUCGGUGUCAGGUACCAGCCUACUCACAAGUCUGGUGGUAAUAGAUGA